AUGUCAUUUCUUUUCUACGGUUCCGAUGUACAUUGUGCUCAACCAUAUUUUCCUCCACAAGUUACAUUUACCUCUGAGGAUCGUACAGCAGUGUAUGCAAUUGAUGAAUUCAAUCAACUAGCUCACGUAAUUUAUGGGAAUUUAUCACCUGAACCAUUAAAUCAUUAUUUAAUGAAAAAUACUCCAUUUCCAAUUCCUGACUCACCACAAGCGAAACAUUAUGUUCAUCUAUCUUCGAACUCUAGUUCGCCUGACCAUUGUUAUUAUGAAACAGCUUGGAAAUAUGGUUCACGGUUCUCUACCUGGUUUUCUCUACAUUGGUAUCAUAAUCGUGCUUCAGUUACAAUUGGUAAUUUUGUUAAUUUUAAUUCUAAGAUGAUACAUUCAACCAAUGAGACUAUCCUAGAAGAUUAUUGGUAUUCAGAAGAAAAAUGCAAAAUUGAUAUUGGAAAAUAUUAUCCAUGUGAAGAAAUUUACUUCACAAAAAAUACUGAUCUACCUCUCAAAACAGUUCGAAUUGGUGUCGAUGAUCAUAGGAAGAUAGCAUCAAUAACAACAAAGUACACGAUCUUGUCAGUGGGAAAGCCAGAUGAAACAUCAUUGAUACCGUAUCCAAAGGAUUGGGCGUACGCGUGCGCUGAUUUUGCAUUAGGACUCUCACGUGAUCCAGAAUCUUCAAUGAUACCUCUGAAUGAAAGUGGCACAGUCAAUAUUUGGUUAAAUACUCCAUCACAUCGAAUCAAUGAGAAUGACACAGUCAUUGUAGAAUGGGAGCGAACGAACUGCGAAUGCAGUGAUUGCAUCAGCUGGACACCGGAACGGUUAGUCUUCAACAUUGAAAACUUUAACCAACCACAAAAGCUGACUAUUACUCGUUUCAAACAAGGCACUGAAUGUAUUGUACCAAUUCUCACUGGUGGUGCAUAUGAUCAACUUUCAUCGCCGCAGUACAGAAUUACUAUCAUGUAG